CCUCCCCAACAGACUCUUUCUAUCAACCUUACACACGAAACGCGGACACAGUCUAUAUAACACGCACAUAAUCUCAAUUCUUUGAGAUAAAGAUUGAUCAACAUGGAAAUUCUACAAAUGAAAGUGAUCGGUGGUUUUGAGGCAGGAAUGAAAUGCUUGCAAAACCCAUCUUUGAUUUCUCAAUUCUUUUACAGUUUCUGGAAGUGCGGUGCUCUAAUUCUUGCAGUUUCAGCAACUUUCGUGUGCAUAAUUAGGAGAGGCAAGAUAAUAUCUAUUCCUUUACACGCAGUCGAGCCUUCUUCACAAGCUUUUGUUCAAAAGGAUGAAGCUGAAUUUAGCGAUGAUGAUGACUGCUCUUCUGUUUCUUCAGAAGAGGAUGAAGAAGAUCAACAAGAUGUUGAUGAAGAUUUUCGAGUCAAGGGCUCGAGGUUCUAUUUGAAACUCAAAUGGCAAAAUAGUAUAUCGAGACACAUGAAGCGGCUGCGCAGUGGUGGUGAGAGAUUUGGGUGGUCGAAGUUGACCUCCAGUAGAAGUGUUGUAAAGCUAUGGGACAGUUUAGGUUUAGGUUCCGACUGUUCCGAAGAAAAUAAUGAUAAUGAUUCUAUCCCAUCGGUGGCGACUCCGAAGAUGGUUUUUACAGCAAAGCGUAAUGAGAAUGGUGCCGGCGUCGUUUUGGGUGGUUACGACAUCAGAUUGAGGCGUCGGGUUCCAGCCAUAUCAGCCGAAUGGUGUUUACCAGCUGAAGCUGUGGCGGGGACGAUGAAUGUGUCCACUGGCGGCGUUGAGAAGGUGUACGUAAGCGAUGACAUCAAAGGAAUUUUAACCGUUGGCGACGUGAGAAAUGUGACAGCGCCGGUGGAGAACGUGACGGAACGUGACGGCGAGAUGUGGUGGGACGCUAACACCGUUAUUGUGGAUGACGAAUUCAGGUUUGUUGACGGGUCAAGAUAAAACGGCUGGCUCUGGUGAAAUUUGAUCUUAUCUUGGAAGAAUUCCUGUAAAUAGGAAAGUUGAAUGAAGCUUCGUGGAAGGGCGCUGAAAAUAAUUCUUUGUAUUUUUUAUAAUUUGUGCAUACAAUAUUUUUUCAGUUAUAUUUCUUUGCGAAUUUAUUUCGUCAUGAAAUUUGAAAAUUGGAACAAUGCGAUAAAUGUACCAAAAAGAGAAAUGUUAAACAUUUGUCUAAAGUUAUGUCUAAUUCUAUUUUAUCUAAUACAUAGUAGACAAUACAUCUUUCAUUU